AUGAAAGGAAAAGAGGCCAAAGUUUAUCGGCUAAGAAAGGCACUUUAUGGUCUUAAACAGAUACCAAGGACCUGGUAUGGUCGAAUAGAUGACCAUUUUCUUGGCCCAGGCUUUGAAAAGAGUCCAUCAGAAUCUACUUUUUAUGUUAAACAUAAUGGCAUUGAUAUCCUUGUUGUUUCUGUCUAUGUGGAUGAUGUACUAAUUACAGGGAACAAUACAAGGUAUAUCGAGAAUUUCAAGCAAGAAAUGAUGCAAGCCUUCGAAAUGAUUGACCUUGGUUUGAUGUCCUGCUUUCUUGGAAUGGAAAUCAAGCAAGGACAAAAUGAAGUUUUCAUUUGUCACAAGAAGUAUGCCAAGGAGAUUCUGAAGAAAUUGAAAAUGGAAGAUUGCAAGGAGAUGAGCGCUCCUCUGAACCAAAAAGAGAAACUAAGCAAAAAUAAUGGAGCAGAUAUAGUGGAGGAAGCAUACUUUAGAGGCUUAAUGGUAUGCAUUUUAUCGUGGUUCAUGCAUUAUGCUAGUGAGGUGCAUCUAAAAGCAGCCAAGAGAUUUAUCAGAUACAUCAAAGGGACCAUUAAUUAUGGUGUCAAGUUUCAGAAGAGUCAAAAUCUAAAACUACUUGGGUAUUCUGAUAGUGAUUGGGUUGGAUCCGUGGAUGACAUGAAAAGCACAUCGGGGUAUUGCUUCAGUCUUGGCUCAAGAAUUUUUUCUUGGUAUUCAAAUAAGCAGGACAUUGUUGCUCAAUCUACUGCAGAGGCAGAGUUUGUGGCUACAACAUCAGCAACGAAUCAAGCAUUGUGGUUGAGAAAAAUAUUGGUGGACAACCAAGCUGCGAUAGCAAUUUCUCACAAUCCUGUAUUUCAUGGAAAAAAUAAACACUUGAACAUCAAGUUUUUCUUCUUGAGAGAUGUGCAAAAGAACAGUGAUGUCACUCUAUUGUAUUGCAAGACUAAGGAGCAACUUGCGGAUAUCUUCACCAAGUCUUUACCAGCCAAGAAAUUUGAGCUCCUUAGGCAAAAACUUGGAGGCUUGCUUCUAUUGGACCCGGAGUUGGUCAAGGGACUGCUACAUGUAGAGGGUAUCGCGAGACAGCCCGAGGGAGAGGGAAAAAUACGAGGUACGGUAUUGCUUAGUCUUGCAUUUAUGAAAGCUUUAACAAUUUAUGGACUAGUUGUAGAAUUAGCACUUUUAUUUGAGAAUCCUUUUGUUUAA